AUGGGGGACCUCUGGGACAUGUACAUGACCCGGACGUGUCCCGCGCCUCCCGCGUGGGACGCGCCGCACCCGUACAGCCCUGCCUCGUUCGUGGACACGCUUGUUGUCGGAGGACGAGCGGCGUGGGUGGUGAUUGCUAAUGGGGGCGGCGGCGGGGUGCAGCAGAGUGCGCAAUUCGGCCAGACUACGACGCAGACGGUGUUCUUGGAGGAGGUCGGCUUGAUCGAGGUACUAUCGGCCGGCCACAACAACUACGUCCUGCACCAUCCCGCAACUGGUGAGGUUCUCGAAAUUUCUCCCAUUUUUGACGCGUUGGGUGGUUCGGGCGUGCCCGGCGGUGUAGACGGCGGGGCGAUGCAGAUCUCCAGCUUCGUCCGGCCCCGGCCACAGCGGCAGCAGCAGCAGCAGCAGCAGCAACAGCAAGGAAAUUCAGGGGAAGCGGGCGCGGGGCAAGCCACGACCGACGACGUGCGGAAGGAGAAGGCGCAAGAGCAAGGGCAUGUCUCCGACGUCGCGAACCAGCAACGCUCAGUGGAGGAUGAUGGCGGGCUCGAAGGCUCCCGAGGGCGAGCUGAGGCGAAAGCUCCGGCGACGGGGAGAGAGAUGGACGACGACGGCGUGACGGGGACCAGGAGAGCGUCGGGGGAGGAGGAGAAGGAGUUGGAAGUUCGAGUCCCUGGAAGGGGGGGGGCGAGGACUGCAGGAGGGGCGGCGGCGCCGGCGGUCAUCUCGGGGACAGUGAUCGACGAGGAGGAAGAGUACGAGAAGGAGGAGGUGGAGGAAGAGGAAGAGGGGGGAGAGCGGCGGCAGGGCGGGGAACCAGAGGGCGAAGAGGCGGGGGGGCCAGCCGAAGGACUUGACCGCAACCCACAUGGACACGGUGGCCAACAUACCGGCGGCGGCAGCGGUAGACAAGAUCGUCGGGUGAGGCGAAGACCGGUCCAGAGGAGAACUUUCAUUGUCACGAAAGAGGGCCUGUCGGUGUAUUGCUUGGUAUCGGUGGUGGUCAACACCGACGGCAACAACAGCAGCAGCAGCAGCAGCAGCAGCAGCAGUAGCAGUAGCAGCAGCAGCGACAACAGCAGGCACUACUCGUGCUCGCUGUCUACCUUCAGUGCCCCCGGCAACGGCAUGGCCGUCAUCCCCCCGGUGUGGGCCCCGCUUGUGCUCGUGAAACCCAACGACGGAGUUUCCAGAGGCAUCUCCCUCGGGUGCCACCUCGAUGCCUCUGUUGGAGCUGACCCUGCUGCUAGAGGUGGAGCUGGCACCGAGCCGGGCGUUGAUGAUGGUGCUGGUGCCCCCCCACGUAGUUUUCGGGACAGGUUGCGGGGCUGGUUCCAACAACACAAGGGAUCGGCGCACUCGACCCUAGGAUCGGGUUGGGCGAGAACAUCCUCUGAUAGCGGCGGCGGAAGUUACUCUGGGACCAUCAUGGUCGUGCUGCGAGGGGAAUGCACGUUCGAGCACAAGGCGAGGGUUGCCGAGGCGGCAGGCGCGGUCGGUCUUGUGGUGAUCAACAACGAGCCCGGAGGGGUGACCCUGGCCAUGCCGGGGGCUAGCAACGCCGGGAUUAACGACGACGACGAAGACGAAGAAGAACAGGGGAAUGGUGGUGUCCAAGGUAGCGGCGUGAACAUCCCGGUCGCGAUGGUGGGACUGGAAGAUGGCGUGGAGAUCAUGAAGAUGCUCUCAGCCGCGGCGACCGCGGGGGUCGACGAAGAGGCCCACAUGCAGGGGGUUCUCGAUGCGAGGACCAUGCACGACAGCGUGUUCUCCAGGCUAAUGGAAGAGCAGAAGCAGGGGCUGCGGGAUAGCCGGGGCUCCUUGCUACCCGCCGCCGCCGGGUACAGCGGCAGCAGCGGUGGCGAUGUUAGCGGCAGCCGGGAUGCCUGUAGCGGCAGCGGCAGCCCAACACCCCCUCGCGAAUCGUGGCGAAGCGCUGGUGGUGGUGAUGAUGCUAGUGGUGGUAGCGGUGAUGGUACAGCUGCUGAUUAUCGCUUUCCCUCAGGAGACAACGGCAAGGGUGCGGGGAGGAUUCCUGCUGCUGACACCUCGCUGCAAGAUGCUGGUAGCAGUGGUGUCGGUAGUGGAGGCGCUGGUGCCGUCGGAGGAGGCCCUGGAGAUGAAGCCAGGCCUAUCGUCGACGGGCCGUCCGCCGCUGCGGCGGACGCGGGCACCGGUGCGAUGCCGAGCAAAGGAUGGGGGAGGGAGGGCCGUGCCCCCGUCGAGGAGGUAGUCGAAGAGGUGGAGGGGGAGACGAGCAGCGGCAGCAGCAACAGCAAUGAUAACGACAGCAGUAGUCACAACAGCGAUAGCGACAGAGAUAGCGGGAACAACCAGUUCUCCUUCCUCUCGUCGGGUUUCGACGAGGCCACCUUGGGAGGCAUGCGACUUCCUCCUUUUUCCCUGCCAAGAGCUGCCGUCGGCGACGGCUACGUGCAGGUGAUGGGCGUAGGGCACUGGGGCGUGAUUAUUUUCCCGCACGAGGGCAGUUGGGCGCUGUCGUUGACGCCCAACGUAUUUAACCCUCCGCCGACACCGCCCGAAGGCCGCGGUGGACACGACGGGGGAAAGAGAACGGCCACGGCGGCCGUCCGCGGAACAAAGGAGGAGGAGAGUCUCCUUGGAGACAGGGACGAGCGAGAAGAUGGCCAAGCUGCGGCUGCUGCUGUUUCUGCUGCCGAGGAGGUGGACGAUCGUGAUGGUGAUGCCUCAAAUGGUGGCGACGACGAUUGUGAUGAUGACGAUGACGAUGAUGAUUUCGAUGCCUUAGAUGACGACGAUGACGAUUUAGAUGCCUUGGAUGAUGCCUGAUUGGGUCCUGGACGUUGCGGUGGCUGAGCUCGUGAGCGCAUUGCGUGCGCACGAAUUAACCGUGUCGAAAUUUGAGAGCGAUCGCAAAAAGCGCUGUUUAAGGGUGGACUCCACGACGCUGCUACCGUGUCACGCUCUCCUCUUGUACAUUGCAUGUGAGAGUGAAUGGGUAUGCAAGUCACGUGACGAUGACAAAGCUAGAGGCGGUGAUACGAUGAGAAAAACCGUCGAUCUUUAGUUGUAUGCGACGACUGGGACAAACGACAAAGUGACUA